AAAUAAAAGUGCGUCAUGGCCAUUCCACAUUUGCUUCUUAGGCUGCCAAAUUUGCAUUCAUCCUUCAAUUUCAUUACCUAAAAUUUCUUAAAGCUUGGCUAACACAUUUCACUAAAAUUCAGUCAUGGAAAUGGUGGCUUCAAUCCUUAGUCCAAUAGUGGUAGAGACAGGCCGAUUAUUCUGUGGCUCCUGUCCAGAAAUUAAGGGCUUCAUCAGAUUCAAAACAAAUCUUAGUGCCUUGGAAAAGGAGGUGAAGAGUCUGACAGAUCUAAGGAAUAAAGUGCAAGAAGAAGUUGAACCAGAUGAAACUCACAAGAUAGAAUGGCAUAGAGAGGUCGGAAGAAUUAUUCUUGAAGUGAAUUCAGUGCUAGAAAUUAUGACAGCUGACUACAAAAAGCUGUGUGGAUGUUUCUUUCAUUGCAAUGAAAGAUACAAACUUAGCAGGGAAACAACUAGAUUGCUGAAAGAGGUAAAAAGACUUCUGAAGGCUGGCAAUAUAAUGGUGAAUGAACAUCCUUUUGUGGAAACAGUUGCGGAAAUCCCUGGACCUUUUAUCGAAAAUGAAACAACUGCAACGAAAACUUUAGACGAAAUUAUGAACUUAUUGAAUGAUGAUAAUGUUAUGAGGAUUGGUGUUUGGGGCAUGGGAGGUGUAGGCAAGACUACCCUGGUAAGAAACUUGAACAACAAGCUCAAGGGCACUUCUUCGACACAGUAUUUUAGCUUGGUACUAUGGGCUACGGUGUCCAAGGACCUGGACAUUAAAAGGGUCCAAAUACAAAUUGCAGAGAGAUUGAAUUUGGAGGUUAAAAUGCAAGAAACUGUGGAAAGGUUAGCAAUUCGACUUCAUAAAAGGCUCCGAAAGGUGAAUAAGUUUCUUCUUAUCUUAGAUGAUGUCUGGGAGACUAUCGAUCUGGACCUAUUGGGUUUCCCACAACCUGAAAUUCAAACUGGCUCUAAGAUCAUAUUGACAUCUCGCUCUCUGGGAGUAUGUAAGCAGAUGAAAACUGAUAAACAAGUGAAAGUUGAUGCCCUGAAUGAUGAAGAGGCGUGGAAAUUGUUUACUAGAAAUGCAGGGAACGUAACGACUUUAGAACGUAUUGAACCACUGGCAAAGGCAGUUGCCAGAGAAUGUAGAGGUUUGCCUUUGGCUGUCAUCACCAUGGGGACAGCUAUGAGGGGAAAGACAAUUGUCAGGCUGUGGAAGCAUGCUUUGAAUGAGUUGCAAAGAUCAGUGCCAUGUGUUGAAGGGAUUGAAGAUAAAGUCUACAAGCCUGUAAAGUGGAGUUACGAUAAACUGAGAGGUAAGAAUACUUAGUCUUGGUUCCUUUAUUGCGCUUUGUUUCCUGAGGAUUUUUCAAUCGAAGUACACGAACUAGUAAGGUGUUGGUUGGCGGAAGGAUUACUAGAAGAACAAGAAAAUUAUGAGGAUUCAAUCAACAGGGGAAUAGCUUUGAUAGAGACCCUAAAGGACUAUUGCUUGUUAGAAAAUGGCCACCAUAAAGGCACUGUGAAAAUGCAUGAUGUUGUUCGAGAUGUUGCUAUAUGGAUUGCAUCCUCAUUGGAGAAUACAUGUAAAUUCCUUAUUCGUUCAGGGGCUGGCCUGAGCCAGAUUUCUGAGAUCGAGUUACUGAAUUCACUAAGAAGAGUUUCUUUUAUGAAUAAUAAAAUCACAAGUUUGCCUGAUUGUGAGAUACAAUGUUCAGAGACCUUAAGUUUACUACUUCAAGGAAAUUUUCCCCUUGAUAGAGUACCUGACAGAUACCUACAAGGAUUUCCAGCACUCAGGCUCUUAAAUUUGAGUGGAACCCGUAUCCAGUCACUACCGCUUUCCCUUCUUCAACUACAUGAUCUUCGAGCUCUUCUUUUAAGGGAUUGCUUCUUUCUCGAAAACUUACCCCCACUUGGAGGCCUUAGUAAACUUCAAACACUUGAUCUAUGUGCCACUGGUAUUAGAGAAUUGCCCAGAGGGAUGGAAAAUUUGAGCAAUAUACAGCAACUAGAUCUCUCCCGGACUCACUAUCUCAAAACAAUCCAAGAUGGAAUCAUAUCCAGUUUGUCUUCUUUGGAGGUUCUAGACAUGACACUCAGUAAUUAUCACUGGGGACUGAAAGGAGAGGUAGAAGAGGGAGAAACGAGUUUUGAAGAGCUGCGAUGCCUACAGCGGUUACUCGUCUUAUCCAUUCGACUGAAGGGCCUUCCAUCUCCAGGCUCUGAAGAUCUUACCUGGAUAAAUAGAUUAAUAAGAUUCCAAUUCUUUAUAGGUCCAACAGCAAACUCCUUGCCAACUAAACAUGACAAAAGGAGAGUGACAAUCAGUAGCCUUGAUCUUUCAGGUGAAUGGAUCGGUUGGUUUCUGACUAAUGCAAGUUCAUUUGUCCUGAAUCAUUGUCGGGGGCUAAAUCAAAUGCUUGAAACCUUGGUCAUAUACAGCGUUGAUCAAUUUUCCAGUUUGAAAUCUCUAACCAUUGCAAGUUCCAACAGCAGCUUAAGGCCAGAGGGAGGAUGUGCCGCCCAUUAUGAUCUGCUACCAAAUCUGGAAGAACUUCAUCUCCACGAUCUCACCUAUUUGGAGAGCAUUUCAGGACGUUGGUCAGGACUCAGAUUUUUAAGACUAAAAUCUUUGGAUGUGACUCACUGUCCAAGGUUGAAAUAUCUUCUCGCAUACGGUAGCUUCAUUCUAGACCUACCAAAUCUGGAACAGAUCAAGGUAAACUUCUGUGAAAAUUUGGUUGAGCUGUUUCAUUAUUAUUCAGAGCAAAGCUUUACUCCAGAACCUGUUGUUCCAAAACUUCGGACAUUGGAACUGAAGUAUCUCCCCAAGCUAAGGAAUCUUUGCAGACAGGAUGAGUUGUGGCAAAGUCUAGAGGAAGUUGAUGUGAUCAAGUGCAAUCUGCUAGGGAAGUUGCCUCUCACUUCUCAAAAUGCAAAUGGUAUCAGAAAAAUAAGAGGAGAGCUGCAGUGGUGGAGCCAAUUGGAUUUUGACAAGGAUACCAGAUCGAGUCUACAGCCUUUCUUCAAACAGGCUGAUAUGGAGGUAAGACCAAUGGAGAUGCAGAGAAUAGAUGGAACAGUUUUGUAAGAUAAAGAUAAGAGAUCUGAUCAUAUAGUCCCUUGACCAACAGAGUUUAUUUCCCCUUUCUCCAUAAAGUAUGUAAUGCUUCCUCUUCGGUAUCAUAUACGUAUAGUAUGUAACAUUCCAUGGAUGAUGGACCCUUACCCAUUUUUUCGGGUGGGUUCUGAGAGUUACUCAUUUUCUUUGGUGGGGCUCAGAAUCUCUUACCCACUUUCUAUUGUGAGGUUUAAAGCGUCUUCUCCUUGAUUCAUACCUAGGACAUCAUCCUUGAAACUGUUGAUUCGUUUUCUAUUCUCAACUUGUUAGAGAAACAGUCUGAUAGUCAUGUGCGCCAAAACUAUACUUAGACAA